CUGCCUGCUGACGGAAGUGCUGUCUCUAUCCCGAUAGGACAAGAAUGACCCGGCCGAUCGACAAGGGGCCAAGAGGAGCUACCAACCGCCUCUUCCUCCUCUUAGCGUGGGUGACAGUGGGCAUUUCCUCUGAACUCCCUCCCUUCCUCCUUUGGACUAAGCCAUGAAGGGACAUGACAAUAAAGGAAUCAUCGUUGCAUAAACACCUCUCUGCAGACCCUCUGCGUGCCAAGAAAGGAGCUGGGCCCCUGGACCUGGGCGCCAUGGCCCAGCUGCUGUCCUCCGAAGUGCAGCAGCUGCUCCACAACAAGUUCGUGGUCAUCCUGGGAGACUCCAUCCAGAGGUCCGUGUACAAGGACCUGGUGCUCCUGCUGCAGGAGGAUCGCCUGCUCACUUUCGACCAGCUCAAGGUCAAGGGGGAGCCGAGCUUCGAACAGGACAAGCUGGUGGAAGGGGGCACGAAGGACAUCAUGAGCAACAGCACCGGCUACCGCGAGGUCCGCGAGUUCUGCACCGGCCACCACCUGGUGCGCUUCUACUUCCUCACGCGCGUGUACAGCGAGUACGUGCGGGCCGUGCUGGAAGAGCUGCAGGCCCACGAGCACACCCCGGACCUGGUCAUCAUGAACUCCUGCCUCUGGGACAUCUCCAGGUACGGGCCCGACUGGUGCAGCAGCUACUGGGAGAACCUGGAGAGCCUGUUCCAGCACCUGAGCCAGGCGCUGCCAGAGUCGUGCCUCGUGGUGUGGAACACGGCCAUGCCCCUGGGCAAGAAGGUCAAGGGGGGCUUCCUCCCGAAAGAGCAGCCGUCCACUUCCAAAGCCCGGAUUAGAAAGGUGAUCGAAGCCAACUACUACAGCUACGUCCUGGCGAAGGAGUACAACUUGGAUGUGCUGGACUUGCACUUCCACUUCCGCCACGCGAAGGAGCACCGGCACAGCGACGGGGUGCACUGGGACCGGCACGCGCACCGGCGCCUCUCCCAGCUGCUGCUGGCCCACGUGGCCGACGCGUGGGGCGUGGAGCUGCCCCAGCGCCAGCCAGCGAGCCAGUGGACCAAGUGUGACCCUGCGAGGGCGGCCAGGCCUAGCCAGAGACUAGAGAGGCAUUCCCAGAGCAGCAGAGGCCUAACGGCCGCACCCCCGCCCUCCUCCUUGUUGCCUCCUCCCAGGCACAGCCCCCUGCUGCCACUCCCAGCUCCCCGCCCAUCCCUGUCCCCACUCCUGCCCUCACCGCCUCUUCCCCUUCCCUGUCACCCGGCCAUGCGCCCCCAGGUCUUGCUCUAUCCCCAAGAUCCCUAUUUUUACUCAGACCAACCUUCCCCUUCCGAUCAGUUCUUCUUCAGCAAUUUCCAUCCUACCCAAACAGGAUUUGACUUGGAAAACGACUUGGUGUUUGAUCCCCAGCCCCCAAGGGCCCUCUUCCCCACACCCUAUUAUCAGCAGCAGGCCCCUGUGGUUCAUAGGGGCUUUCCCCGGAAUCUACCUCCUGGCCCUUAUCUGCCCUGGAGACAGUUGCCCAAACCUUACAGGAGACAAGCCCGAGGCUACCCGGAGCCACGGCCUCAUUAGACUGACUCGUGCCUUUUUCCUCCUCAUGGACACGGACUUGACAAUCUGACUGUUGCCUACACUGGCUGAUCUUGUUAACAGAAGCCGUUGAUCGACAGUGGACUUCUUUUGGUUCUGUGCUGUUACCAGUUGUUAGCUAUGGCCCCUUCCUCCACGCUCUGGGGGUGACCAAGUAUUAUUCCUGCGUCCCCACCCCCUGUUCUCUUUGUCUUUUUGUAAACAGAGAAUUGAAAUUAAAAAGUUGUU